AUGGGGAAUGUCAUACAAACUAUACAACAGCAGAUACCCGAGCGCUGCCGUCGGUUAAGAGACCGAUGCCGUCGACCUAACAGAAUCGCGUACCGGCCAUCAGGCAACUCCGGAUAUGAAGAAUACCCACAGGACCGCUACAAAAUCACCCACGCCAACAGUGGUACUCAGAUGGAGUACCACAGAUCCACGCAGAAAUACGAAGCUGAUCAUCGAAGCACACAAACAGAACCGAGCAGCUCACAACCAUACAAACCAACGUACUCCAGCACCACUACUAUAGCUUAUGGACACACCCCCAAUCACCCCAACCGGGGGACCCCCAACUAUGCCCAAGGAAGCCAACCACAACCCGGCGGGUACCCCCAACCCCAAGGCGCGACUUACCCCCAGAAUACUGAGUAUCCAAGUGGAGGGCCGUAUCAACGAGGAUAUCCGCAGUCUUCAGGACAGCAUACAUACCCAAAUCAACAACAAGGCGGUUAUCCUCCACCCCAAGGAGGAUAUGGUUACCCUCCACCCCAACAAGGAGGUUACCCUCCACCGCAGGGAGGAUAUGGGGGAUACCCACCUCAACAGGGUGGAUAUGGGGGUUACCCACCUCAACAGGGUGGAUAUGGGGGAUAUCCACCACAACAGGGGUACGGUCCACCACAGCAACAAAAUCCAACGGGUGGUAUGGCGAAUAAGGCAGGCAUGGCGGCAUGCAUAGCCUGCUUAACUUGCUUCUUCUGCUCCUGUUGCCCGGGGCUCAUGGGAGGAGGCAUGGGAAACGACGUUGAGGGCGGAGGCGUAGAUGGCACCGCAAAUGUUUCAUCUCCUGGCGACGACGACGACAACUAG